GCCCAGUCUUUAUAAAGGGAGCCACUGCUCCGUCUUGCAUUCGCUGUCAUCUCUGUUUCGGGAAGACCUGGUGGGCAAAUCCUUGGCACCACAAUGACGGAACUGGAGAAGGCCUUGAACUCCCUCAUCAACGUCUACCACAAGUACUCCUUGGAGAAGGGGAACUAUCAUGCCCUCUACAGCAGUGACCUGAAGAAUCUGCUUGAGAAGGAAUGUCCGGAUUAUGUGAAGAAAAAAAGUGCGGAUGUCUGGUUCAAAGAACUGGAUAUCAAUAGUGAUCAAGCAAUUAACUUCCAGGAGUACCUCAUAUUUGUGGUGAAGAUUGGUGUGCUAGGCCAUAAAGAAUCCCACAAAGAGUAACAGCCACUGGGCCUUGGGCCUGGGCCCCUGGACAUGUUCCUGCAGGAAAAUAAAGUCAUUGAUACCUCA